UUGUGAUAUAAAUAUCAACUGAAUGGAUGAAGAAGAACUUUCAAUGUAUAAAUUCGUCUCUUUUUCAUCAUUUCUUGAUGUUCGAUCUAAUGUUAAUCAUAAUCGUCAAAAUGGUAAAUAAUAUGGUAUCGCCGAAAUAUUCAUCAUCAUCAUCACAUUCAUUAAUGUGGAAAAUAAACAGCCAACAAAAAAAUAAAGAGAGCAAACUGCCAGUUAUAAAGAAGCCGAAAUUUUUUUAUUUUCUCUGUCUCUCAUCAUGAUGAUGAUGAUGAUGAUUUUGAAUGAAAAAAGCCGCUAUGUUUGUUGUCUGAUUUUGGCGCCCAUCUUCAUCUUCAUUUGGAAUUCAAAGUUUCAUAUGAUCUGAACGCGUGUGUAUGUGUGUCUGUUACAUAUCCUUGUCCAGAACGAUGCCAUUUGUUGUUUGAAUCAAUUUAUCAUCGUUAGAAAACAAUGAUGACAACUAUGUGUAUAAUAAUAAUGAAUCGAUCUAAUCGAAUUAUAAAUCAUCAUAAUAAUUAUCGACGUAGGUGUUGCUGGUCAUUAUGGUGGUGUCGAUUAUUGUUUUGUAUUUUUUUCAUUACAUCAUUAUUCAAUUAUUGUUCACUAUUGAAAUCAAAAUUAUCGAAUCAAUCAUUACAAAGAUUCAUUCAUAUUCAUCAUCAUUCGACUGCAACAACAUUGUUGCCACCAAAAUCAGCCAAUACAUUAUCAUCGACAACAUUGCAUGGUGUAGGCGGUGAUAAUGACAGAUCUCAGCAGCAACGUUACAUAAAAAAUGCGACCGAUGAUCAUCAUCAUCAAAAUCGAUUGAUUAAUUUACCGAUGAAAAUGAAAACGGUGGCAAAUAAUAUCAUCAUCAACAAUGAUGAUGAUCGAAUGAUGAAACUGGCCAUCAAUAAUCGUACAAUUGGCAAUAAUAUUGAUGAUCGACGUAAUUAUUAUUUAACAAUCAUUAGUAAUGAUGAUGAUAAAAAUGAUCAACAAUUACGUACGCCUCCAACAACAACAACAACAACAACAUCACUACCAUCUGCAUUCAUUUGUCCAGAACAAUUUGGUUAUUUUGCUGAUAGAAAAGAUUGUUCACGUUAUUAUGUAUGUGUAUUUGGUGAUCCAUUACAUGAACAAUGUACCGGUGGUCUAUAUUUUUCUGCUGAAUUACAAACAUGUGAUUGGCCACAAAAUGUUGUCUGUACCAUCCUAAUGACAUCAUCAACAACAUUGGCAACAACGAAUUUCAAUCAUGAUGAUGAUGAUGGUGGCCGAUUUAAAAAUAUGAUUAUCGAAUUGAAUAAAACAAUGAAAAUGACCACUAUCGAUAAUAAUAAUAAUAAUAAUAAUGAAAAUGGACGAAAAAUUAUUGAUAAUGAAAAAAAUAGAUCAACCACAACCACAACAGCAUCAGCAAUCAAUUUUGAUUAUGAUAACAAUAAUCUAGAUGAUGAUGAUAAUCAAAAUUUUGAUGAAUCAAUCGCAUCAUUUAUCGAUACAAAUGGUGAAAUUUAUAUACAUGAUGAUGAUGAUGAUGAUCAUACACCGAACGAUUUACGAUAUUCACUAUUGGAACAACGUACAAAUACUAUUGCCGAUCCAUUGUCGAUUUCAACAAGACCACAGCAAGAAACAACAACAAUGAAGAAUCGUGUCAAACAUAUUAAAAUGAUGAUUGAUGAAAAUAAAAAUAAUGGAAUGAAAUACGGAACAACAACAACAAAAACAACAACCACGAAGCAAAAUGAUAACAGAAAUAUUACAUCAACAUUGAUCAACAAUGGAAAUAUAAAAUUUGAUGAUGAUGAUGUUGAUGGUGGUGGUGUCGAUGGCGAUGGCGAUGAUAUUGUCUUUGGUAAUGAUGGUGAUAAUGAUAAUAAUAAAACGGAUGUAAAUUAUUCGGAUCAGAAAUCUUUAAAUUCAAGACAACAAUCCGGUCAAAAACAAGACGAUGGUGAUGAUGAUGAUGAUGAAAAGUUGAAAGUAAAAAUCAAUGAAAAUGAAAAUCGUUAUCCGGAACAUUUACUCCCACGUUUGAAAAUUGUUAAAAAACAAUUGAAAGAUUUUGAAACAGAAUCAUUAUUAUCAUCUAUGACAUCAAGUCAACGAAAAAUGACACAGAAAAAUAGACAAGAAAAAUUUUCGAAUAAUUCAAAUACAAAAGAAUUAGAUUCUAGACAAAAUCUGGUUUUUGAUAAAAAUUUCAUCAAUGAUGAUGAUGAUGAUGGAAAUAAUGUUAUCGAACAACAGCCAGUCAUGGUGAUGAUGAUGAUGAAACAAAAUAAUAGCCACCAUAAUCAACAUCAUUCAUCAACAACGGAUGGAACGAUAACAUUCACUGCUAAUGAUGAUCUAAAUGAUGAUUAUCUAAAUAAAAGAGAUUUAUGGAAUUUCAAUGAAUUUCAAACGAAAUUUCCAUCCAAUGGACAAUCCAAACAACAACGCACAAUGAACCACAUUAUACCAAUGGAUUCAUCAUAUGAAUUGAAUACGAAAGCAAUUGCAUUUGAUUCGACUCGAACAUCAUCAUUGAAAAAUAAAAUCUCUAAUAAUGAUCUUGGAGAUUCGAUAAAGAAUAAUUCCAAUCAACAACAAAAACAACAACCAUCAGCAGCAGCAGCAACAAGUUUUAAUCAGGAUUCAUUUUUACAGGUUUUUCGUCGUGCUCAAUUAUCAUCACCAUUGAAUUAUAAUAAUAAUCAAACCAACAACAAAGAUCAUCAACAACGACGACGUUAUCUGUUACCAAGUUUAUCAUUUCCAAUGAAUCGACAACAACAACAGCAACAAAGAUUCAUGAAUAAUAAUCCUCGCAAAUCAUCGAUAGAAAAUCGAAAUACAUUGGCUGAAUCGAAAUCAAAUAAACAACCACGACAAGAUUCACAAAUUAUAUUCUAUUCAUAUUAUAGAGAUAAUUUAAGAAAUUCAAAAAAUGAUGAUACAUUUAUUCGAAAAAGAUUAAAUUCAUUACCAACAAUUCAGCAACAACAACAUCAAUCGAUUGUUGAUGUAAAUAAUAACAGCAGCAUGAUUCAUCCAUCGAAACCAAACGACAACGAAUAA